AUGUCAUUAACUCAAAAAUUUUUCGAUUUGAAUAAUGGUAACCAGAUACCUUCUAUUUCAAUUAUAGGUACAGGUACCAGAUGGUUUAAACGUCCCGGUUCUGAACAUACAUUUUCUGAUGAACUGGUGGAGCAAAUCAAGUAUGCCUUAUCUCUACCAGGUAUUAUUCAUAUAGAUGCUGCUGAAUGUUAUGGCACAUACCCAGAACUUGCUAAAGCUUUAAAAGAAUCUUCAAAACCUAGGAGUGAAAUAUUUAUUACUGAUAAGUACUCUACGCAAACUAAGUUUACUAAUGAUCCAAUUGAAGGUUUGAAUACUGGAUUGAAAACUCUGGGUUUGGAUUAUGUGGAUCUUUAUUUAAUACAUUCUCCAUUUUUUGAUCCUGAGUUUAAAGGUUCUCUAACAUUGGAAAAAGUCUGGAAAGAUAUGGAGACUUUAUAUAAGGAAGGUAAAGCUAAAAGCAUUGGUGUUUCAAAUUUUUCAGUUAAAAAUAUAGAAGAAAUAUUAAAAAUUGCUGGCAUUAAACCACAAGUUAAUCAAAUAGAAUUCAAUGCAUUUUUGCAGAAUCAAACUCCGGGAAUAGUUAAUUACUGUCAAAAGAAUAAUAUUCAAUUGGAAGCUUACUCUCCAUUAGGUCCAUUGCAAAAAAGACCUGAAAAUUCCAAUGAAUUACCCUUCUACAAUUACAUUGACGAACUUGCAAGCAAGUAUGGCAAAACUGAUUCUCAGAUUCUAUUGAAUUGGGUUUACAACCGUGGUAUUUUACCAAUUACCACAUCUUCAAAGACUCAAAGGAUUAUUGAUGCCCAAAAUAUUUUCAGUUUUAAUCUAACUAAGGAUGAGGUCGACACUCUAACUAAAUUAGGGUUAGAACAGCCUGCUUUAAGAAUAUAUUGGACUAAUUUUUAUGACAAAUAUAAUUCUGAGGCACAAGCUUCAUAA